AUGGCCAAUUGUCGUAUAUGUGUUAAAAAUGUAACAUCCAAGCAGCUUAAACUAAAGUGCAAUGAUUGUGAAGGUAUUUUCCAUGCAGCGUGUUUAAACUUUAGUAAAGCAGACGUCGAGUGUGUAACAACAGAUAACCUUGUGUGGCGAUGUAACGACUGUUCAGCUACUAGGAGGAAGAGUUUGCGGUUUGAGUCUGAAGCAAGUGGAGGUAAACUAUCAAUGGAAGAUCUAAUGAAAGUUGUUAUGGAGAUAAGGGAUAGCCAGAAGGACCAAGAGAAAAGUUUCAACACUGCGUAUGAAGCUAUGAAUUUGCAGCUUGAAGAUAAUAAUAAAGCUCUCAAAGCCCAAAAUGAGCAAAAUGAAAAACUCUUAAAACUGAUUGAAAGCAUCACAGCUGAAAAUGUAGAGUUGAAGAAUAGGGUUAAGUUUUUAGAAGAGCGAGUUGACAAUUUAGAACAGCAUUCUCGAGUCAAUUGUCUAGAGAUACAAGGAAUUCCUCAAACUCCAACAGAGGAUGUGCUGUCCAUUGUAAAGGAAAUCGGUAAAGCUAUUGACAUGAAAAUAGAUGAUACCAUGGUGGACACUUGUCACAGAUUGGGUUCGAGACAGAACGAUAGAAACUCACCCCCGGGAAUAAUAGUAAAAUUUGUGCGCAGGAUGGACAAGGAGGAAUUUAUGAGGAAAAAACGUGUUAAGCGAACCUUGUCAACCAGACACAUCGGCAGGCCGGAUGACCACGCAAUCUACAUCAAUGAGUCAUUGUCACCCGCACGGAGGAAGCUCUACGCAAUGGCAAGAACUUACAGGAAAGAAAAAAACUUUCAAUUUUUGUGGGUGCGAAAUGGAAAGAUCUUCUUAAGGAAAUCAGAAAAUGAAACUGUCAAGGUAAUAACUUCUCAAAAUGACUUAAAAUAA